UAAUAUUUAUUAUGGGUUUUAUGCAGCAGACAGCUCACCAUGACUCAGCACUGGCUUUCGUUCCUUUCUUUGUCCCUCCCAUUAGUUCAAUAACGAGGCUCGGUCCGACUUCCUGCUUAUGGAGGUAUUAGUACAUUUCUCUCGGAUGCAGGCGUCUUAUCUUACAUUUCGUCUCCCGGUCUCACUCGUUUGCGUUCUCCGGCGGAGAAUGGCGUCGGACGCCGUUACCCGUUUCGACUUUCUGGUAAUAGGAGGUGGUUCCGGGGGGUUGGCCGGUGCCCGAAGGGCAGCCGAACUCGGUGCCACCUGCGCCGUGAUCGAAAAUAACAGACUUGGAGGUACUUGCGUAAAUGUUGGCUGUGUUCCUAAGAAGGUGAUGUGGAAUACAUCGGUUCAUGCUGAAUAUCUUCAUGAUCAUGCAGACUACGGCUUUGAGGGAGCACAAGCACACUUCAGCUGGCAACUGAUUAAAAACAAAAGAGAUGCUUACGUUAGUCAUCUGAAUCAGAUUUACCGGAACAAUCUUGAUAAGGCCAGAAUUCAGACCAUUCAAGGCAAUGCCCGGUUUACUGAUGACCCAGAGCCCACUGUUGAAGUCAGUGGAAAGAAAUACACAGCACCACAUAUCCUAAUUGCCACUGGUGGACAUCCAUCAACAGUUAGUGAUGAAGAUGUCCCAGGUGCUAGUCUUGGCAUCACCAGCGAUGGGUUUUUUGAACUUGAAUCGUGUCCUAGACAUAGCGUUCUUGUAGGGGCAGGAUAUAUUGCUGUGGAAAUGGCUGGAAUACUGUCCUCUCUGGGAUCCAAAACAUCCCUUAUCAUCCGUCAUGAUGGGGUACUAAGAAAUUUUGAUGCUUUGAUAAGUUCAAAUUGCACCAAAGAAUUGGAAAACAGUGGUAUUGACUUAUGGAGGAACACUCAGGUAAAGUCAGUGCAGAAAACGGAACAGGGUCUAAAUAUCACACUAGGCACAAAAGAUGUUAAAGAUAAGGAUGCAAAGGAGAAGACUGACAGGAUUCAGGGAGUGGACUGUCUGUUAUGGGCCAUUGGAAGAGAGCCCAACACCGCUGGCCUCAAUCUCAGUCAGAUGGGUGUGAAGCUUGAUCCAAAGGGUUGCAUUGUGGUGGAUGAAUUCCAAAACACUACACGCCAGGGCAUCUAUGCACUUGGCGAUGUGUGUGGGAAGGCUCUCCUGACACCUGUUGCCAUUGCAGCUGGCCGAAAACUUGCACAUCGACUGUUUGAGGGAAAAGCAGAAUCUAAAUUAGAUUACACCAACAUUCCUACUGUUGUUUUUACCCACCCACCUAUUGGCACCAUUGGACUAACUGAAGAUGAGGCUAUCAGAAGCUGGGGAAAGACAAGUGUGAAGGCUUAUACCACUUCAUUCACGCCAAUGUACUAUACCAUCACAUCACGCAAGACCAAAUGUGUCAUGAAACUGGUGUGUGUAGGAAAGGAAGAGAAGGUAGUUGGCCUUCACAUGCAGGGUCCGGGCUGUGAUGAAAUGCUUCAGGGAUUUGCUGUGGCCAUCAAGAUGGGUGCCACAAAAGCAGACUUUGACAACACUAUUGCCAUUCACCCUACAUCUUCAGAAGAGCUAGUCACGAUGCGUUAACCAAAUUCAGUUUUUAGUUUGAGUCCACAUCAAGCUUAGGCUAUCCUAAAUGUAGGGGGUAGUGGUAGCCAAGAUGGCAAUGACAAGUUCAGAAUGAAUAUCAGGUUGUAUAGGUUGGAAGUUUAAGAUUUGUUUGUGUUGACUCAGUACAUUGUGUUUAUUUGGCUGCAAGUUAAGUAAAAUUUAGAGUAUGUGAAAAGGACAAGAAUGUGCCAAUAGUUGUUUCUGCACCUGAUUCAUAUCCUCUUCAUUCCUCAUUUACACACUUAGAAUUAAACAAUUAAGAGCAUUUGGGAAGGAGACAUAAGGAACCAGUAUUAUAAAGCAGCCCAAAUGGUUUAUUUAUGCUGAUUUAAUGGGAUGUGAGUCAAUAUUGUUAAUUCAUGGAGGAACAAAAUUGAAUUAAAUCAAGGUAACAUCAAAUUAGCAUUACACCUGUAAAAUUUGAUGUAAAACACCCAUUUGUGCAUCAUCGCAAUUUGCAGUAACCAAGAUCAUGAUAUGUAGUAAUAGUUGUUUAAAAAAUCUAAAAAGGUCUGUCUGCAUUUUA